AUGAGAAACCGCAGAGCUCCCACUUCCCUUCUUCAGAUUGUAUCUUUUCUUUUCUUGCUAGCCAUUUCUCCACUCUCUAUUCUGUCCACAAAAAGUUCGAAAGGCUUUGAGUUCUUAAAAAAUCUGGAGGGGUGCCAGAUAGGUCAGACAGUUAAAGGCCUGCGCGAACUCAAACUGUAUCUCAAAAAAUUUGGGUAUGCAGAUGUCCAUAAAAACCAUACAGAGUAUGAAAAUUCUGACCAAUUUGAUGACAUUUUAAAAAAAAAAAUCACAACUUACCAGCUCUAUUAUCAUCUGAAAGCUACUGGAACCCUAGAUGCUGAGACAGUGAAACAAAUGACGAUACCUAGAUGCGGACUCCCAGACAGUGUCAAGGGAAAAACUCCCAUGAGAUCAGGCAAGAAAGAGCAUAUUAGUAGAGGUAAAAGCAGCUCUCUCCACACAGUUUCACACUAUAGUUAUACCUUCUUCCCGGGAAUGCCUAAAUGGCCACUUUAUAAAUCCCACCUCACCUAUCGAUUCAGCUCUAGCAUCCCUAUUACUGACAUCAAGACUUUGAAAGCUUUCUGCUCAAGUGCUUUUGCGAGAUGGGCAGAGGUGAGCCAUUUUACAUUUUCUGAAGCGGUUCAUCCUCUUCAUAAGGCCGACAUUGUGAUUGGAUUUCACCGUGGUGAUCAUGGUGAUAGGAACAGCUUUGAUGGUCCUGGCGGAACAAUUGCUCAUGCUUUUUCACCAACAAAUGGAAGGUUUCAUUACGAUGUAGAAGAGAACUGGAGCACUUAUCCAGCGCGAGGCACUAUGGAUCUGGAAUCAGUUGUUUUACAUGAAAUUGGGCAUCUUCUUGGGCUUGGGCACAGCAGAGAACCAAAUGCAAUCAUCCCAAGAAUCCCAGCUGGAUUCCUAAAGCGGCAACUGUACGUAGAUGAUAUUCAAGGUAUACGUGCCUUGUAUCGUCUCCACCCAUAACUAUGAUUUACCAUACAUAAUAAAGAUACAAAAGCAAAAGAAAUUUUGCAGAUAAGUGAUGCAACUAGGUAAGUAUAAAUGGUGUUCAUCAGAGCAAACUCAUUGUUCAAUACUAUCUGUCAUGUUAUCUAUCUUCUACUUAACAGUUUACGCGAGAAGGGGGAUGGACGUGUAUAAGAACCCACUUCCACAGAGAGUAAAUUGUUCUAUUUGGUUGUACUUCAUAAGAGAAAACAAAGAGAAUUUGUAAUAUGCUUCUAAGUACUUGUUUCACAACCACAAACAGUCAAUAAUAACAUAAAACAAACAAAAAUCAUCUUCCGA